CGUACAUAUGAUAUAGCGGUACUUGAGCGGUGUGCGUGUAUUCCCGAUGCACGUUCCGUGUGGCCCCGGUAACAUCUUGUGCGUUUUUCUGGAGUUUGAUCUUAUUAACGGCAAAUAAGACUGAAAUCAUCUCGUUUGGGAGAUUGUAGCCGACCUUCUAGUCGAAGAUGAGUCAAGUAGAAUUGAUCGAAAAGAUGGAAAACGGCACUCCGGGCCACACCAAUCCAGCAGGUGGGACCAUCCAGUCCCACGUACUCAAAUCGGAUGAGUGUUCUCGUUCCGUGGCAGGCCACAAUCCAAAUGGCAGUGACCGGGCGAACCUACCUCCAACAAUUCCCCCUCCACCAGUCGUGCAUAUUUCCAGACCAUCUGAGGCAGAUGGAUCAGGUCUUGAAGAAAGCGGAGAUGACAGUUCUGAUCAUGCUGAUGGCAGGAGCAGUGAUGAGCGUGAGGAAAGAGUGCAACAUGCUGAUGAAAUUGAUGGCGCUAAAUCAGACCCGGGGGAUGACGAUCAAAAUGAAGAGUCGUCGCCUGUUAAAGAUUGGAAACCUCCAGAUGCAGAUUUGGUUCAAAAAAUUGUUGAACAAGUUGAAUUCUACUUUUCAGAUGCCAACAUCGUGAAAGAUACGUUCUUAUUGAAACAUUUGAGACGAAAUAAGCAAGGAUUUGUCAGCAUCAAAUUGAUCGCUUCAUUCAAGAAGGUACGAGGUUUGUCAAAGGAUUGGAAGUCUGUGAGAUAUAGUCUUCAACAAUCUGAGAAACUGAUAGUCAACAAUGAAGGAACAAAGGUCAAGCGAAAGGCACCCUUACCUGAGUAUGAUGAAACCACAAACUCUCGUACAGUAGUCGCUGUUAAUCUGCCAAUGGAAAACCCUUCUGUGGAAAAGAUAUCUCACUUAUUUCAGCCAUGUGGUGAAAUAUCCCUUAUACGUAUCAUCAGGCCUGGAAACCCCAUUCCCCAAGAUGUGCGCAAACAGGUAGAAUCACAUACAGCAUAUAGCCAGAAAAAAGCUUGUGCCCUGGUCGAGUUUGAAAAGACAGAGAGUGCCCAUAAAGCUGCUAAGAUCAUGAGUGAUGAAGAUAAUUGGCGCACAGGUCUACAUGUUUCUCUACUCAUUAACCGACCAAAGCAGAAAGAGAAAAAGGAACGCAAGUCCCAUAAAGAGAGUCUGUCCCCUCAGACACAGCAAGCUGAGGAUGCAGCCUCAGUGGAUGGUGAUGGGGAUGCCAAGAAGAAGAAACGUCGCCGUAAGAAGAAAAGGAACAGCAACCGUUUAGAUGAGCUAUCGUGUGAUGGGAGUGGAGUCACUGGGACCCCUAGUUCAUCAGAUGUUGACAAUCCUUCAGAGCACAAAAAUGCAAGCAAGCCUAUUCCCAUUCAACAACAACGCAGUCCCAACCAUUUGAGUCCUGCAACCACCCCUAAAUCCAGCCCUUGUCCAAGUCCUCACGGGAGUCCACGUAGCCAGCGAAAACAUGGCAAGUCACCCCUUGCAGCUUCAGGUGUUCGCAACAGUCCUAAGGGUAGCCCCAGGUGCAGCCCAGAGAUGAGCCGUAAGAACUAUGACAGGAGAGGCAGUGGUGGUGGCGAUCACUCGGACAGCAGCAAUUCCAGUCCAUGGGUUCGUCGUCGCAUGCUUCUUUCUAGCCAAGAUAAGAGUCCUCUUGCAGCUGGUAGCAGUCCCUGUGGGAGCCCUAUGCUUGGACGUCGUCAGAUGGCCGAUGCUGCUGGUAUUAUACGUAGUCCUCAUGGCCCAGGAGGUGUGUCUGCCUUUUACGGGGGCAAAGGUCGAGGUAAACCACUUAAUGAGCCUUAGGGUUUGCCCAACUAGAGAUUUUUUGGGGUUGAAAACAAAGUAAUACCCACUCAUAAGAUAUACAUAUGUUUACAAAAAUAUAAAUCAGCAGUGGAGAGUAUGAAGACUACAUGUACAUGUAUACCAAUAUACCAUACAUGUACAUGUAGGCCUAACUUCAGACUCUUUCCUUGAAUGUUUGUUUGGAUAUUUUUUUCAUUGUUUCAUUGUAAAAACCUUUAUUAUGGCUAAAUUCAUUGGAAAGAGAACUGCCAAGUCCUUGCUAAGAAAAAGAUUUUAAUUCAUUCCAACUAUAUGUACAUGUACCUUGGAAAGUUCCAUCUCAAAAUGGACAUACAUGUAAAUAUGGAUGUGACCAUGAACCUUAAAUGAUUAUAGUAAAA